AUGUUGGCCAAAACAGCGGGUGAUAAAAUGCACAAGUUAAAGUCGUCACAGAGAGACAAGGUUCGGCAGUUCAUGUCCUUCACACAGGCAGGAGAGAGAACUGCCAUAUACUGCCUGUCACAGAAUGACUGGAAACUAGAAGUAGCAACUGACAAUUACUUCCAAAAUCCAGACCUGUACUAUAAAGAAUCCAUGAAAAAUUCAGUAGAUCGCAAGAAGCUGGAACAGCUUUAUAACAGGUAUAAAGACCCUCAGGAUGAUAAUAAGAUUGGGAUCGAUGGAAUCCAACAGUUUUGUGAUGACUUGAACCUGGACCCAGCAAGCAUGAGUAUAUUGGUAGUAGCAUGGAAGUUCAGAGCAGCCACACAAUGCGAGUUCAGCAAGAAGGAGUUCCUGGAUGGAAUGUCAGACCUUGGCUGUGACAGUCCAGACAAAUUGAAAGCCAUACUUCCCAGGCUAGAGCAGGAGCUGAAAGACACUGGGAAGUUUAAAGACUUUUACCAGUUUACCUUUAAUUUUGCCAAGAAUCCAGGGCAGAAAGGUUUAGAGUUAGAGAUGGCUGUUGCUUACUGGAAUCUUGUACUCACUGGUCGCUUCAAAUUUUUGGAUCUUUGGAACAGAUUCUUGCAGGAACAUCACAAGCGCUCUAUUCCCAAAGACACCUGGAACCUUCUUCUGGACUUUGGCAAUAUGAUUGCAGAUGACAUGUCAAAUUAUGAUGAAGAGGGGGCAUGGCCUGUUCUCAUAGAUGACUUUGUGGAGUUUGCCCGACCAAUUGUCAUGGGGGGCAAGGGUGGCAUGACAUAA